AUGGGCCACGCGGCUCCAGAAACCGAGGGAGCUUUCCAGACUGGAUUGGACAUUCCGAUCAACACACAGGAUGUACCCGCGGCUGAGGCGCCUCAAAAGAUCAACACGCAGGAUGAGUCCGCCGCUGGUGACGUGUCGGCUCACAGCCAGGCUGCACGUGUCGGCCACGUGGACUCGGCGGAGCGCGGGUCGACGGUCGGAUCGGGUCAAGAGGAAGUAGUUGGGGAGUCGUCGCAACAGGAGAGGGAGCGAAGUGCAGAGAUGGCGAAGGAGAUUGCUAAGGAGGAAGCACGUAAGGCGACUGAAGAGGAGCACGCUGCGAGCGGAUGGGACGCCGCGAAACGCGGCGUCGCGGAAACCUCUGAGUCGAUCAAGCAGUCGGCGAAGGAAGCUUCCGAGAAGUUCAAGCAACCACCUGCGCGCGAGUCGAGUGAGGAUGUGAGCCGGAAAGCCGGCGAGGGUGCUGCUGCGUCCGAGCGCGCUACGCCAGCGGAGACGCGGAAGGCGGCGGAAGGAGCAGCGGUGGCGGAGCGGAAAGCGGAGGAUGCGCGCGAGGGUGUGACGGCGGGGAUUGAGGAGACGAAGGGGAAGGCGUUACAGGCGCGAGAGGAGGCGGAAAAGCAGGCGGAGGAAAGCGCGCAGGGAGUGAAGGAGAUUGCGCAGCAGGCACAGGCGGAGGCGCAGGCGGCGGGAGAGAAGGCGCAAGGGUCGUUCGAGUCAAUGGCGGAGCGCGCGCGCGGGGUGAUGGAGCGCACCCUGGAAAGCAUCCAGGAGACCGUCGAGGCCGCGCGCGAGCGGUCCGCGCAGGCGGGGGAAACGGCGGAGCAGGCGGGCGAAACGGCGAGGGAGGCGGGGCGGGAGGCGUAUGAAAGGGGAAAGGGAUUUGCGGCGGAGACCAAGGAUGCGGCUGUGGAGAACCUCCAGGCGGCGGGUACAGCGACGGCGAGAGGGUUGGGCAAGGCGGCGGGUACGGUGGAAGGAGCGGCGGAGGCGGUUGGCGAGAGCACCAAGAAAGGAGUCUCCGCGGCUGCGGAGCGCACGGCGGAGGGCAUCGAGUCCGCGCAGGAGGGCGCGCGGGGCGCGUACGACCGUACAGCGGAGAACGUAUCCGCGUCCGCUGCUGGCGCGCGCGACCGCACGGCGGAAACCAUCGAGUCCGCGCAGGAGGGCAUUGUUUCCGCGGAAGAGGGCGCGAAGGACGCGUACGAGCGCACGGCGGAAAACAUUUCCGCCUCCGCCGCUGGCGCGCGCGACACUGGCGCAGUCGCGACGGGCACCGUCGCGGGCGCGGUCGGGCAAAUUUUCCACUCGUUUGCGGAGGCGCUAGGCGUUGCGGGGAAGCACGCCCCGCCAGAAGCGCCAACGGUGGAGGUCGCGCCGGUGGAAGCGCCAGCCGCGCAUCGCGCGCUUGCUGCGGACGUGGAGGGUGGCGGAGAGCGUUCCGCCGCGCAUGCGCCCGAGCGUAGUGGGGGGUCUGGUCUGAAUGCCACGUUUGGUGCAGGGAGCAAGGCUGAUGUUCCACAGAACUACACACACACCAGUCAGGGCAAGGGCGAAGAAGCCUCUGCAAGGAGUGCUGAUGUUGGUGCUGGUGGUGACAGUGGUGGUGAGAGUGGUUUCCAUGCUGCCGCCCAGGAAUCUGGUGGCACUGGGCAUGGGGGGGGUGAUGGAACGGCAGCCACUGAGACAGCAGCAGGCAGAUCUGCAGUGAAAUCCCCUUCCUCAGAUGAACGCGGCGUGUUUGGCGGUGGUGGUGUGCCCGGCGCCAAAAGCGUUCCCUGGGACCAGGUGAAAGUGGGGGAAGGCGUGGAUGAGAAAGGGGUGGACAGGAGGCAGCAGGCGGAGAUGCUUAAAGGGGGGGCGAGGGAGCCGCUCGGUAGAAUCACAAAGGCGGUGAUGGACAAGUCGGGGAUUGAGACUGUGGAGCCUAAGAACCGGAUUGCGAAGGAGAAUACCAUGGCGCCGAAAAUUGCCGACCAGAGGGAGGAGCUGGGGAUUGGCGGGGCGGCAGGAGAGGAAGGGAAGGGAGGAGAGGGGAUGGUGGGAGGGGAAGGGGCAGCGGAAGGGGGAGCGGAAGGUGGAGCGGAAGGGGGAGGGGGAGGGUGGGUGAGUGAGCUGGUGAACCGGGCGCAUAUGGGGGAUUUGGUUGAGCAGGCGAAGGUGCGACGGCAGAGUGUGAAGCAUGCUGGGGUGUUGGAGUCAGUGGCAACUGCUGCAGAGCAUGUGAAGGAUGCUAUGGUGGGGAGGAGGGUUGUGGGAGGAGGGGAGGGGGAUUUGGAGAGUGCCAAAAUGGCUGAUCCGGAGCUGGGGCGGCUGGUGAAGGAAGCAAAGCAAAAGGAACAUAUGCCGCAAUCAGUCAUUGCUGCUGCUGAGCAUGUGAAGGAUGGUAUGGUGGGGAAGAGGAGUGUGGGAGGAGGGGAGGGGGAUGUGGAGACUGCAAAGAUUGCUGAUCCGGAGCUGGGGCGGCUGGUGAAAGAAAUGAAGCACAAGGAGCACUUUGCCAUCGAGCCGCCGCCGCUCCUGCUGCCCAUGGGCGGCAUGCGGGAAAAGACAACUCUGACCCUCCUGCCGACCCUCCUGCCGACCCUCCUGCCGCCCGCGGGCGGCGCGCAUGAGCGGCGGGCCGUACAAGAUCCGCCAUACGCGGUGGGCGUCGAGAACCACCGCCUCCGCCUUCCUGGAAGCUUUCUCUUGCCAGCUGUCGCGCAGUCCGCUUCCGUUACUCAGCCUGCUGACGUCAGCAUCGUUCCGGGGAAGGGGACUGUGAAGUGUGCUGCCUCGGCCCACCUGCAAACAGCAGGGAGCAGAUUCUGGGAAGCUUCCUUGAGUUUUCCUGCAACGACAAGAGGGUCGUCUGCAGCUAUCACGAGCAGCUUCCAGGAAACCUCCAAGCCUGAAUUAGCCGCACACUCAAUCCUCUCACCCAUCUCUUCCUCCUCCUCACUAACUCCUCUCGCUCCUCCUCCCCUUUCGUCCCAUGCUCCCUCACUCUCCCUCUUCCCUCGUCCCUCCCCUCCUCCACCCGACAAUUUCCUUCUCCCUCUCCCUGCCCACCCCCCCGCGCCUCCCCCGCGCAGCCUGACGGGCAGCGCCAGCAGCGGAACAACGGAGUACACCUCUCCGCAACCCCUCCGCCUCCCCCCCACCUCCACGGCUUCCAAUGGCGCGUCGCCAAAAAAAUCCGGUAACGGUUCGUAA